GUGCACCCUCUCCAUAUUUUUUUUACAUUACACUCAGAACUUUAAGAGUGAUCACUCAUUGAAAAUCAAGCACAUUGCAUACAUAGGACAAUAAUGCUUUAAGGAAUUGUAAAGUGUAGAGAUAACUCAACACAGGCUUACUUGUUUGAGCUAGAAGCAGACUCAUUAAUAUAUGAGGAAAUAACAAACCAUCUUCAAAACUUCAAAACAAAUGUGGGAAGCGCGACUGUAUCAAAUGUCACCAUUACAACAAAUUGUAGUAAAAAUUGUGAUGGAAAGAAAAAGACCUGCUUUUGCAAGGCGGGAUACACAUGGACCUUGGACAUUUGCGAAAAGUACAAGUGUUGCAACAACAAAACUUGCAUUCUUAAUGAUGUAGAUGCCGCUGUGUGUCAGUCUGACAAAAGAGUAAGCAUCAAAGGAUCAACCACUAUGACAGGAUAUGAAUACAAUCAAUUUUUUGACUUUAACAACCAAGAAACUGAAAAUUACCAAGAGAAAAUCAAGGAAAUAACUGAUCAGCUCAAAACUAGUUUCAGCACUUUGCCAUGGUUUUACUCGCUGGUUAUCACGAAAAUCAGCAAGGGCAGUGUGAUUGCAGACUAUGUGGUGCAAUUGCUUGGUCCGCUUGCUAACAUUACUCAGCUUCAGAUUAUAGCCAAUAACCUCUCUGGAUCUACCAUUGUGACAGAAGGACUCGUAACUAUCCGUGUACUCCAGAAUCAACCCAUUGCUUUUGGCUCAGAUGCAACUGUAAUUUGUGAAACUCAACAGGACCUGGGAUCUGUAAAGUGGCUCUUGACAGAUGCACAGAAUAAAACAAAAGAAAUUACAAAUGGAACAGAGGCUACCUUGACUAAGGCAGAUUUUGCUGACACUCUAAAUCUAAGUAGCAUUUCAGGAAGUUGGAAAGGAACAUUUACAUGUCAAUAUACAACAAACUCCAUCCUACACACAGCAAGUGACCAGUUGGACAUAGCACUAUUGCCAGACAUUCGUGGCAUAAGUUAUCCUCAAUUUCCUGAUUGUAGAGAUCUGACGAAACCAAAGCCUGUGGUUAAAAUUGAGUGUUCAAUCUCUAAAAGCAUAGAAAAUUACACCGUUACAUGGAGCAGCACUGACCUCAAUGAUCUAACGAGUCAACCAACAGAGUUCAAAGGGAGUUUUAUCUCUUACAAAGUGGAAGCAACAAUAAAUUGUUCAAAAGAAAUAGUGACAGCCAAUUGUAAAUUCAAGAACAACAGAGUCCAGACCAAUCUAUUCAGAGAAAAGUCUGUGGAAAUCUUCAUCAUUAAAGCAGACUCAAAAUUCUGUGAAGCUGACAAUGACUGGCCAAUCGCAAAAUACAAUUGCACAGCCAUUAGGUAUUGUGAUCGCUUUAGUGUUGGUGAAAAACAGAGAACAUGCAAAGAGACAUGGCAAUCGGAAAUUUCUAAAUGUGUGAAUCCGGACCUGCAUGGUAUUCAGAAGAAUGUAAAGGAAUUAGAAAAAGGAAUUGGGUUAAUUGAGGAGGAAGCACUCAAUCUUUUCAACCAGUUACAAAAAACAACCACCACUGACAAUUUCAUCUCCUUUGCCAAUAUUUAUACAUCUGUUGAUAUUAUUGAUGUCAUAAAUAAGGUAUCUAAACAACAGCAACAUCAAUGGAAUGACUCUAUCAUGCCUGAUUUUGUCAAGUCUGCAAGCAAUCUUUUGAAUGAAACAAAACCCUGGCUAGAAGCUAAACAUGAUCCCGACUUAUCUGUAAAAUAUCUACUGUCUUUUGAGAACAUGAUAAGGAACUCAAACCUGUCUGAACCUUUCCAUGCAGAAAACAUUCAACUAAUGUACUGUAAUAAUAGCAACCCCAAUUGCAAAAUCUCCAGUGCCAACGUCACGUCAAACAAUAUCAUUGUAGCGGUCGAAUUCAGGAACCUGGCUCAAAUUUUACCAAGACCCCUGGAGGAUAAAAGCAAUCUAUCAGAUGCGCCCAUCUUGUCAAUUACCAUGGUAAAUAACUCCAAUGAGAGAGGUGGGUUUACGGUUAAUCUUACGUUCAGAUAUGCGGAUCAAAGACUUCCAAACCAUAAAAUGUUUUGUGUUUUCUGGGAUGAAACUCUGAAGAACUGGUCUGAGGAGGGGUGUCAGUGGUAUGGUAUGGACAAUCCAAAUCUCUGCACAUGUAAUCACAACACUUCAUUUACCAUGCUGAUGUCCAAAUCUCCAGUGACCCUUCUGUAUAUGGACGAACUGACAUAUGCUGGCUUGGGAAUUUCAAUGGUUUCACUUGUUCUGUGUUUACUGAUCGAGGUUUUGGUAUGGAAUACGGUUGUAAAAUCGAACGUCUCCAAUUUUCGGCAUAUAGCCUUAGUCAACAUUUCCAUUUGCUUGCUGCUCGCAUAUAUUGGAUUUUUGGCAUCUGUCAAUCCAACGGAAAUCAUCUCAAAUUGGUGUGUGAUCCUCACAGUUGUCAAACAUUUUUGUUUCCUGUCCGUCUUUUUCUGGAUGCUGUGUUUGAGUUUUGUGCUGCUUCACCAAAUAAUCUUUGUCUUUGAUCAGCUACGGAAAAAGGUCUAUUUGGGAUUGUCUAUCACUCUUGGGUAUGUAUGCCCAUUUCUGUGUGUAGCAGCAACCUUUAUUAGCUUUGGGAAUGGUAAGCAUGGUGAAUACUAUUCAAAGGAGACGUGCUGGCUAAUAUACAAGGGUCCAUUCAAGGGAUCCAUGUUUGCCUUUGUGAUUCCGGUUGGAACAAUUGUGUUCAUAAACAUGUUCACUCUUGUUGUGGUGAUCAUCAAGAUAGUAACACCAACUGUAUCAGAUGCAAAGGCUCUGGAUGAAAAGGACGUUGCCAGAAGCAUUAUCAAGACAAUAGUCUUCCUCUGCCCUGUCCUUGGGAUCACAUGGAUCUUUGGACUGUUUGUGCUCAUGAUUGACCUUACAGAAUAUCCCUUAGCACAAAUUGUGAAUUAUGCAUUUACAGCGCUCAAUUCACUACAGGGCUUUUUCAUAUUGCUUACAAACUGUAUUGGAGAGAAAAAGGUUCGUGAUGCACUUCUAAAGCGUUUUAAAGGCCAGCAAUCUGUGCAUUCCAAAAGUGAAAGUUCAACAAAAGCAGGGUCCUCAGUAGUGAAGGAAUAAUGAUUGGACAUUGGAUUUUUAAAAUCUGGAUAUGAAAGGUUUAGCUGAUGAAUGCUGAUGUACUGUGCCAAAGGAGAAGAAGAAAAUUUGAUUUAGCAAGUGUCUGUGCCAUAUAUGUUUUGUAAGCAGAUUAUUAUAGCUAUUAAAGAAUGACAUUUUGAAGUUUUAACAUUGAAAAUCUAUUUGUGAUAUUUUUGUUGAAACUUUUAAUAUAUUAAUUAAUGUAUCUACUUUUUUUGCAAGGGUGAGUGAUUAGUUUUGCCUUCUGAAAAUGGAAUUUGAUGCUUGCAUGUCUGCGUGAAUAUAAAUAGCCUAUUUGGUAUUACUUAAAACUGCUCUUACUUUGUAAGAGACAGCUUUAAUUAAGUUUAAAUUUGUUGUUUUAUGUAAACUAAAAAUGUUUGGACUGUACAUUACUGUAUGCUUUCUCUUCUUUUUCACAAUUUUAAAAAGUGUGUCCAUUAUAUUAUAAUUUUGCUUUAAUGCAACUUGUGUGACUGUUGUAUUUUUGUGGUAA